AUCAACCACUUUCCCUCACCCCUAAAAAUCCAAAAAGCAAAAAAGUAAAAAAAGGGAAGGAAAAAAAAAACAUGUCAUGGUUAGCUCGCUCGCUGGCGAACUCCCUUCGUCUCGACGAUGACGAUGACAAUGACGACGAUGAAUCAGCUUCUUCGGGAGAGGAAAACGACGUCGUAACGCAGGAGUCUCUAUCAUCGCCUCCUCCGAGGAACAAGAUUCAAAACGAAGAAACCAAAGCGGGAGAACAAUCAUUGUCCCCCGAACAAGUAGCGGAACUCCAAUCGCGUGGCGUCAAAGAAGACCUAACUGAACUCAAACAAACCCUAACACGCCAAAUCUGGGAAGUCGCUUCCUUUCUCGCUCCGCCACCUCCUCCUCCGCCGCCGCCCCCGCCGCGUUCUUCUAAGCAAUUCAAUCGUCAAUCAAAUGAUCGAUCAUUCUCUAAUUUGAAUCGGUUUGAGCCGUCGGAUCAAUCUAUCUCCUUGGACGAAGAGGAUCCGUCUGAUUCUGCGGCAGUUGCGAGGAUUAGGAACGAUUUCGCUGAGAUCGGUGGGAGGUUGUCGAAGAUGGCAUCGGAUUAUCUUCCGUUUGGAUCGGGGGAAAAUGAGGAAGAAAACGAGAUGGAAAAUGAAAAUGAGGAGGAGAAUGAAGAGUUCAAUGCGGUUGGUAUAACAGAUGAGGUAUUGACGUUCGCGGGGAACAUCGCGCAUCACCCAGAAACGUGGUUGGAUUUCCCUCUUGAUCCCGAUGAGGACUUGGAUGACUUUGACAUGUCAGUAGCCCAACAAGAGCAUGCUAUGGCUGUUGAACAUCUUGCUCCGAGAUUAGCAGCUCUGAGAAUUGAACUUUGUCCUUGCCAUAUGAGUGACAGUUACUUUUGGAAAGUUUAUUUUGUUCUUCUGCAUUCAAGGCUUAACAAGAAUGAUGCAGAGAUUUUGUCCACACCUCAGGUAGUGGAAGCUAGAGCAUUGUGGAUGAAAGAGCUGCAGAAGCAAACGAAACCUGAAACUGAUUGGUAUGGAAGAAGCACUUCCCACUUAGGAGACAGCUCUAGUAUCAUGCACGAAGAUUUUAUUCCUUCCUCAUCCAGUUAUUUUGCCUUUGAGACCAUGUCACCCCGGACAUAUGCUUCUGAACCUGCAUCCAGCAUCACAACAGAUUAUGAGACUGAGAAGCAUCCAGUUGAAAGUACUGAGAUGCCAUUUGUCGACAAGUCUGUUAUUGAGGAAAACCCAGUGUCAAACACUGAGGAUAAGGAUUGUUUGGUUGGUCCAUCCUCUAAAAUAAUGAUUCCAAACUUUGAAGAGGAUGAGAUUGAUUGGCCAGAGGAUGAUGAUUCUGAAUUUGGUGGUUACAGUGGGGCUGUAAUUUGUGUGGAGAAUGAAGAAGAUUUUUCUUUCAGUGAUCUUGAGGAUGUUGAUGAUAGUAGUACCCCUGCAAAAUCUAAGAUAGUUUCAAAAGGAUUUGAAACUUCUAAAACGUAAACCCUGUUGGAUUCAGCUUGGCGUAAGCUGUGCUGGUUGGACCAAAGAUGGAACCGAGAGGUCAUAAGGUUUGAUUUAAAACCUGGGAUUAUGUACACCAACAACAUCAUGAACGCAGGGGCAAUGGUUGCAGGUGCUGAAGGUGUCUCGGGAGCUUGUUUGUAUAUGAUGAGUGAUCAAUCAAGUGUUAAUAGAGUGAUGUUGUGUUGAUUGAUUGUGCAAAGGAUUGUUACUGAAACAAUUAUAGUGAUUUUCCAGGGUGGAAAAACGUGCUGUGUUGGAAGCACCAUGUCCUUUGUUCAUAAGAAAAUGUACAAGUUGAAAUGAAAAUAGAAGCAAUGAGAACAACUUGGUCUCAGUUUUCCCUGUUGUGAUAA